CACCUCCCGAAGUUGCACAAACUGGCGCCGCUGCACAGCUCAUCGCAACCAGACACAGCAGCGAUCGACAUGCGAGCCCAGACGUGUCCGCUCUUCUGAAUGCGUGGUACAGGAUGCUACUGCGCAAGCCUCCGGCCAGAACCUCAGUGACAUACGUGACCCUAAGCUUGAUUGCGCAUGCAAUAAAACCCGGCCCUUUCCAGCCUAUGGCGCAGUAUCGCUACCGUUCUUCUCAUAUGAUUCGACCGGUUCUUCCGCUGCUGUUUAGUUCAUAUGUCAACCACGGUGCGCAGCAAUGCCUUAACCUUCCUUUGUCUUCUCCCAACUCAACAGCAGAGUGCGUCGUCUCUGGCCUUGGCUGCGCUCCCCUGAACUCUCCUUGCUGGCUGCUUUAAGCAUCAUGUGAAGGCGCCCCGCCUUGUCAGCCUUGCAGCCACACCACAAUCCCAUACAACAUCCAUCGAUAGACGAAGACAGACGCGCAGCAGCAUGAAACAUGGCCUCUCCAUUCACUCCGGCGGAGUUGGCAAGCAUGCAUGAGAGCGAUUCGAGGGUAUCGGAAAUCCACUGGGUUUACAGUGUCCCAAUCGCUGCUUCGAUCAUCAGCACAGUAUUGCGACUGUACGCCAAAAGGGUCGGUCAUAACGGUAUUCACCUGGACGAUUAUCUCAUUACUAUAGCAACGAUAUGUCUAAUCGGACAAUGCGCCAGCGGACUGGGCUACGGUCCGCCUCACGGUAUGGGUAGGCAUGUCAUUUACGUCUCCGAACAUGACCAGAUGAUGGUCCGCAAAGGCGACUUCAUCUUCAGUCAUUUCUAUGAUUUUGCGCUGGUAUUCGUCAAAUUGGGCAUCCUUGCUUUCUACUGGAGGGUUUUCGUCCACCCAAUCUUCCGCAAUAUCGUCGUCGCGACCGCUGCCUUCGUCAUCGCCUGGGGAAUCGGCAUCACAGUCACACUGUUCUUGGUCUGUCGGCCGCUCAGGGCUUACUGGGAUAGAACUGUGGGAGGAACCUGCUUGACCAUUGUUACUUUCACCUACUUCACCAACAUCUCCAACCUUAUCACCGAUAUUUGGAUCUUUUUGAUGCCAGUCCCCAUGAUCUGGCACUUACAGCUACAAACAAAAAAGAAGCUGCUCUUGAGUUUGAUUUUCUGUAUUGGCCUUGCGACUUGUGUUGUUUCCUCAAUCCGUCUCACUGUAGUUCUCGGCCACGGAAAUCCCAACUUCACCUGGUACUACGUCCCGCUCGGCGCGUACUCUGUCUUCGAGCCUCUUGGCGGCAUUAUCUGUACUAACAUCCCCAUCAUCUGGCAUAUGUGGCGUAAGCGCCGAGCCGGACAUCCUCAUCAGAACUCUGAACCCAAACCCACGUCUUCCGAUGGUCACACAACAACCAUUGGCUCCUCUCGCCGCAGCCGCCUCGCUAUCGCUCUCGGUCUUACGAGUCUUGAUCGAACCCUGAACGGGAGUAGAUUACACACAAAUGCGAACAAUGCGGAUUCAACGCGAGGAGCUUGGGAUGAAUUGGAAAGUAUGGAGCACAUUGCGCCGCCAGACCCAAAAAUUUGGACCACGGUUGAAGUUGAAGAAGCAGAAGAGGCUGGUCCCUCGGAGCCUGUGGCACCAGGCAUGAAAAAGACGGUAUGGAACGUACGUCGCACGGCAGUCGCAUAGUCUGCAAAACACAUCCAUGCUGUUAUGAUCUCGAUGCUUGACGACUUGUUCAUAUUGAAGUACAAUGUCACUCAGUCUCUCUCCACAGGCUGUCAACCCCCCGAUUUGAUGAUUCUCUCAGCUGUGCGAGACUUACCUUUACUUUCUCCUCUUCGGGCGUGUCUGGAGCAUGCAAGGAAGAAAAGAUAGGUAGACAUAGCAAGAAGCGCGAAGAGAUCCUUUCAAAACCGUGAAUGCGGCUGCUGAUCAUGCUCGGCGUCUGACUAUCCCUUAUCACUGUCGACAAGUUCAUAGCACACCCUCGUUGCUGUGAUUGAGCACGUGUACAAGUUGUCACAGGU